AAGAGGGCUCAGUAUUGGUAGUUGAUGUUGGCACGCUGACUUUGGCUCCGUCAUUGCUUCCAGUCAGACCACCUGAUAAGAAGGAAAAGAUCAGUGGUGUGAAGGUCAUGCAUCGCAGUAGAGUGUGUUACUUGACCACAUUGGAGGUGAAGUUGCCAGGAGUUGAAAUACCUCCAGAAUGGGACUUGUCUCAGACUUGUGCUUCAAGACAGUUAGCUGAAAAUGAAAUCAACUACAAUGUAAGGGAGGUGCUGAAGCUUCCUCCUGCACCAGCUUUAGAGAUCCUCAGAGGGCAGCUGGAAAUCAGAUCUGUGUGUCGGCGCCUUGGAGAAAGGGACAGUGAGGAAGUUGGCAGUGCUAGUGUCAGCAUGAUGGACUUAUGGCAGCUUAGUGGCUCGGAGGUGCAGGUACCUCUUUUCCGCUCAGAAGUACCAGAUGGUAAAGAUUCAUUGACCAAGAGACGGAAGGCCAAGAGGAAAGAGGAGGGAGAUGUGAAGCAGUCAUAUGCAAAUUUAACCUUCACUGCAAGGCUUGGGCUUGCGAUGGGACAAUCCCAUCAUACUGGAGACCUUGAAGAACCCUGGGAUCUCCAUCAUAGAAAAGGCUCACAUGAAGUGGGAUCCCAUGUGGGGCAUCCUGAUUCAAAACUAAAAGAAAUACCUUAUCUUGCUAAGCUGAGAGAAAAAGGAUAUACACAUGCACUCCCUUCCACACCACCACCACAUGCUGGCCCCAGGUCUCACAGAGAUCCAGAUGGUGAAGAGAGAGAGGUCAUACGUAUUUUCAAACCCCGACCUGUUCCACCUGAGAGUUAUGAACCCUUUCAGUCAGCUGUCUUCAACUCAAUAUACCUCCCAACACACAUGAGCCCUAGAGAAAAAAUUUACAAUGGGGCUUGGCAGCAACAACCAAAGCAACCAGGGAGAGUUGAGGUAGUGGACAGCAUCCUUAGCAGCCCUGUCCCAACGAAGGUUGUUAGCUCUUCUGAUUCUGGAUUUCGCAUUUACCAGGGCUCAUUUCUUGCUGGCAUUAAUGGACAUGAUCCUCAGACAAACAACCAGCCUGUUGAAAGUGGAGGUGAAUCUCCAUGCAUCAGGACUAUUGGGGACUUCCACGCUGACUACAUUGAGCAUGCACUACUGAAUCGGAGAUCAAGUGCUGAGAUGAAGCAAGAAGAGAGGAGAGGGUCCUGUAGGGUGCAUUUAGAAAUCCUAAAGGGCAGAAACCUCCCUUGGGUGGAAGGGCCAGAUGGAACCCUUAAACCACCAAGUUGCUAUGUGAGAGCAACCAUAGGGUCACAUAAUAUCCAGACUAAUAUAUGCCUGGAAGCUGAUAAUCCCAUGUGGAAUUAUGCAGCUGAUGUCUUACUGCCAUAUUCACAACUCUGCCAAACUGAUGGGAAUUUAAUACUGAAGGUACACCAUGGAUCCUGGGACCAGCCACCCUCAUUAGAAGAUCCAUUAAUGGGUUUUGUGUGUGUGGAUGCUACCUCAAUAUGGAGUGGACAUGUCUCCCUCUGUGGCUGGUAUCCGUUGCUUGACCUUCGAGGUUGUGUCAGAGGUCAUCUCAAAGUAUCGUUAACUCCUCAUGAACCCCCUCAAGCUGGUGGCCCACCAAGGAAAGCAUGUUACUCAGUGAACCUACAUGAAAAUGUUGGUCAAAAGGUGAUGCCAGAAACUUACAGAUCUGGGCCCACAUACUCUCAACGUUCUGACAAGAGCAGUGACACUAGUUUGAGGGAGAGGCAGAGUCAUGUUGCAAGUGAUACAGAAACUUCCAAAAGGGAGUCUUUAAAACCCCUGUCUCCAAAUAUCAUGCAGAAACAUUCUCCCAAAUCCCAGAGAAAAACCUAUAGCAGCGGAAGUGAAGGUAGCACUAGCGAUGCAAGUGGUUCACCUUACAAGAAUGUUGAUUCGUCUCUUUAUUCCAAGUAUUCUGUGAUAAGUUCUGGGUCUGUUGUUGUUGAUGGUGAGGUUCUGAAUGAUGUGUCUGGGUUUCAUGGUGGGGUGUCAAAUAAAAAAUCAUCUUCCUCACAUGAGAACUUGCGUGCAGCAACAACGGGCGUAGAAAAUAAGACUUCUUAUGACAGAAAGUAUUCUAGUAUCCCAGUGUUCUCUCCCCACAAAGAUUCAAACAAAUUGGGAGAUCAAGAGCAUGAAAGAAAAAAAUCAAGUGAUAAUCUUCCAGAAGUCAAUUAUAGGGAAAAAGAAAAUAAAACUCCUAGUACAUCUGUUCACAGCCAGGGUUUCUGUCGGCACAAAGGAACAGUUAUAGUCAAAGGCGUAGCAACAGACUCUGAUAAAGUGUCUAGUUCAGGAGCUGGUUCCCGAGUGAGUGAGGAUAAUGAACAUGGUACACCAAAAAUGGAGCGAAGAAAAGGCUCUAUUUUGCUCAAAGACUCCCUAAUUGUUUCUCAUUUUAGAAUGCAGAAAGAAGAAGACAGCAACAAAGAAAUGGCCUCUCAGGAGAAUGCUCAGCCUAGUCGUGUUCCAUCAAGUCCAUGGAAAAAAGAGAGGACCACUAUGUCCAACGAAUGCCCAGGAUCGCAAUCACACCCCAGCCAGCCUCCUGCUUCAACCUCAGGAACAACCACAACAGCAGAUAAACCAAGUUCCUGUCUUAAAGUACCAGGCAGUCCAUCUCUGAGAGCCAAGCAUGUUACCUUUGCUCACAAACUGGUACAACACCAAGACAGAGAUGGCUCCAGUGACCAGAACAGGAGACAGCCAGGCCUCACUCAGCAAUCACAUGACUUGUAUAGGACAGGCCAUGAGACCUUUGGAAGUGCAGGUAAUGAGAGGAAUAUCUUGGAUUCAGAAAGUAGGCAGAAACUACCCAGAGGGCAUACAACCACAGAGAGAUCUGACCUGCAAGUUGUGCCAUGUCGCGAGGGUGACACCCAGGUUGUCACCACAACUGUGAGUGCCCAGGGGAGCAGAAGUUAUAGUGUAGUUUCAGGUUUUGACAGCAAGGGAAUGAUGGAAGCGAGAAAAUCAAGGGAUAACAAGUCAGAUCUGAUCAUGGCCUUUUCAUGGAUGAAUCAGAGCUCAGAGUCAGACACACCGUGUGUAUCCUUCAUUGAACAAAGGCAGAAUGUAAAAGAGACUGAUUCAGGGGGCAAAGGUCAUCACAUGAAUAACUCAACAGAUAACAAAGGCUCACCAGAUAUGGGAAACCAUACUGGAAGUCCUCAAAAAAGUCACGGAAAUUCAGAAAUAGAUUAGCAGCAAAUUUUCACUUGAAAUAGAGCAAAAGCAAUCUAACUUCUCACUCUGUUACUAACUUUAAAACAAAUUUCUAGAUGCUAGUCUGCUGUAUAAUUCAAAAUACUCUGUCAUGACAGAGCAUGACACAAGUGCAAUGAACUUACUCAACAAAUUAUCGGUGGCCCUUCUGUAGAUGCCUAAUGACUUCAUAAUUUGCAUUUGAAGUAUUAGAAAUCUAGCACAAUCCUUGUUCAUGAUUAAUUUUAAUGUAUAGUAUCAAAACCUGCUUAAAGUGAUCUCAUUCAAAAUACUGUCACAAUCUGCACUCUGUAGAUGUCUUCCUGAUAUGGCUUCAGUAUUAUGGUGCUUCUCAUUCAUCAUUAUUGUUCAAAAUCAACAUGUAGAUGUCAUAUUUCUUCCAUACUAUGUACAUAACAUGUAUAAAAAAAUGUAUUAAAAGGCUAUGACAAAGUCAUCAAACUAUUAUUUUUUUAUUACAGUAUAGAGUUUACAACACUUAAUUGUGGUAUGGAAAAUGUUUCUUUCUGUUUGUCUAGUUUUAAUUUAUUCUUGCUUUCUAUAGAAAAUUUACGAGGAACAUGAGAAUGAUGCUUGAAUAUAUACCUGGAUUUAGAAUUGCUACCAAAGGAAUGGCAAAGCAAAUGGCUUCAAGCAUAUAGUGUAAACUUUAAUUAUUUCCAUAUAAAUAAAUGCAACAAGAAAAA